UUUCACUUUCGAUUCGUAGACGCAACAUCGGUCCCUGGCGUCUCGGGUUGUGCCGGUUUUAUUUAUAUCAAAAUGUAGUGCUCUGUCGUCCAACGGGAUAUAGAGGAAUUUGAUGUCGCGAAAAUAUUCCUCUGGUAUUCAGUGAUGUUGCAUUCGAUAAAUAUUUAUUCGACUAUUUAUUGCGUGAUUGUUUUGUUUAGAAUAUUGUAAAUAUAUUAAGUUUAACGUAAAUCAGCAAUUUAUAAGUGUAGGAAAUAUUAACGAACCGUUGGAAUAAAAUGCAACCGAUUGAAGUGCUGGAACGAGGCGAAAUGCAACGAGAAUAAGUUGGAAUACGUGCAAAAACAUCCUAUAAUAUCGAAGGUGCUGUUGAAAAUUUAACAAGGAGUACGUAAAGAUAAUAAAAACAUCAGCAUGGACGACUCAAUGGAAAAACUCCUGAAUGAUUCAAUGAUUUCCACCAUGUCGACCAAUACCGACGAGCUGGGAACGUCUGGGGUGGAUAAUCUAAACUACACACCCAGCAAUCCGGACAACCCAGAGUACGCUACAAUUAAUAAGGAUAGGGUAGUACCUGAUUUCCUCAUCGGAGCAUGCAGUCGACCGGCUGUAUCCAGAACCACUAGACCCGUAUCCAUGUACGAACCAUGGGUUGAAACCAAUACAUUUUCCUCUCUUCCGGUAGAUGCAAUGCGUGUAAAACCGGUGAAAAUGAUUGAUAUUGAUUUCGAAUCGGAGUUAUCCUCCCAGAAAGUUUGCUGGGAGGCUGAGGACGCCGACGAUUUCAUCACAACUUUGGAUGAGUCUGCCAUUCUGGACAUUGUGUCUUGCGAAGAUAUCAGUCAGAGCUAUGCACAACCGAACCAUAAAUUGAUAGUCGCAGCUGAUAUACAUCAUCGCGCGGCCCUAGAUGACAGGAAGUACGAGGAUAUUGGAAUUUACGCUACAGUGAAGAAGAAACCCCGUGACAAAACAGGGAACCAACAUCACUUGGUAGACUGUCAAGUGAUGAUUACAUCCGGCGGACCGAUGGAGAAACUUCCUAAAAUUAUGACAACUUCUUGCUAUGGUGAAUUGAAUAUGAUGACCUUAAUGAACACGAGUAGCACGUGGAAUGAUCCCAGUUUGAUAGUAAAAAGCAAUGAAAAUUUAUUGGAUACACGUCCUUUCUCGAUUAGUAAUAAUAAUUCGAUGAACAACUCCAUUGUGGAUGGGUUUUCCUCAAUGGCCAGUUCAAUUUACGAACCCAACUCAAUGAAUUCAUCGAUCGAAGUGGUGAAAUAUUCUACUAAUGAAAAAACGCGUGUCAAGUGGUGGGACGAGUUUACCGAAGAAACAGAAGCCGAGUUGAAGGAAAUCGCUGACAAAGACGAUGCUUGGGAGACCCCACCACCGAACUCGACCGUAGGGCCAGCGCGACUGGAUCGAGUGGUUCGAGACCUCCCAUAA